AUGGAUGAGCUCUUCACACCAGUGAGCACGAGGAACCUGCGCAAGAAGAUAGAUGAGCAACCGCUCUUGGUGGAAGCUCGACCAGCCGCGACAGCCACAGAGGUUCUGAAACCGUCAAAGGUUCAAUCUGCGGAUGAUGCGUUGGCGAUACUGAAGAGCCAACCCGAUUACGACUCCCUGAUCAAUGUCCUUCGGUUUCUCACCGAGAAAGUCGUUUCUGACUUUAGCAUUCAUGUCCCCAGCCCCAAGAGCGCUGCCAUCAUUCACGCUUUGGUUUCAGAAAUCACAACAAACUACUGGACUGUAUUGCGGGAAGGGUCCUCGGCAAACGAGCCAACUUCUUCCUCGGCAUCGGUCGAUGCGACAAGACUGGUCAAGUGCCUGCGGAGCGUUGCCGGUAUCAACGCAGUAGUGGGACACAUCAAAGCUCUCAUUCAGGAGUCGAAACUCACCAAAGGAGAUGUGAAGCGGCCAGAUAUUCAUCUACACCUUGGCAUAUUCUUGGAUCUCUUGUCUGCACUGUUGGAUGGGAACGACUCGAUCCGAGGAAUUUGGGAAUCAUCAACGACGGAUUUAGCAGAUGCCACGUCUAAAAAAGUACAGUCGCAAAGUUUUAUCUCAUUAAUUACAGGUGGGCGGGUUAUAUCUGUUUCUGCUGAGGCAUCGGGGAUAAUUGGACGGGAAGAAACGCCGAGUAGUGCGCAAUGGCUUGCCGAUGGUCGUGAGUAUACCAAGUGGAUAGGGCAAAAUACCGCAUCAUGGGCCAAGAUUCAACCCGAGGGUAUUGAACUACAGGCUUGUUUUGAUGCGUUUCAGCGGUCUUUGUCCUUGGGAUAUUCAGAAACCUUGGUGACUACUGUUAUUGACCAGCUUUUACUGUCACAAAACGCAUCUCCAACAUUGUUCGCCAAGGUCUGUCUUCAUCAACCACAGGCAUCCAAGAAGGUGGUAUAUAUCUUAUUGGAAUAUCUGUCACAGAAGUUCUUGAACAGACUGGAGUUGGACGACACAAAGCCAAAUGACAAUAUCUCUGCUGUUGCUGGCAUAGUCAACGCCGUGGCACAAAACGAUCCAGGUCGCAAGACACACCUUUUGAAUUGGUGUUGUAGCCCGUCAGGCGCUGGCCUCGGCGAUGGGAUCGGCAUUAGACGAGCUGUAAUUGCUGUUUUGGCAAAUGACAAGGAGACCAUUACGUCGGUGUUUGAAAAGAGUUUGAACCAGUUCGGUGACCAGCUGUACAUCAAACACACUGCUAUUUUGCAGCAAGAGGCUCACGCCCAGGUAUUACUGCUGAGUGCAGGAUAUGUAGCCAAGCUUUCUCCGAUAAAGCUAACCAUGCUUCUUCGUUCCGGAGCUUAUCUAACAACAAUAUCUAACCGAAUAGCUUCAACUAAUAACCGCGCUCGCUUGUUAGGCAUGUGUGUCGGAGAAGCGCUAUCCGCCAUACAGGAUAAUCACACCAAGAAACUCGAUUUCCAUACGGAGGAAACGGCAACAGAAGAAGGACAAUGGCUCAAGGGCCUAACCAAAGUAUCAGACGCCAUUGGGCCGGUUGAACCACUCCUUUCAAAGUUCUCACAGCCACCCCCAUCGAAGCCUCUCUCCAGAAAAGCCGCAAAACCACAACCGAAAAAGAAACAAAAACAUAAACCCGUCGUCAGCGAACCAGCCCCCAAGGCCAUCAUUGAAGAAAUCGACUCUUCUGACAACUCGGACGACGAUCUCCCCACUGCAGCCAAGUCUUCAGAUGACGAAGACUCAGACGAUGACCCAACCCUAGUUCAGCGCAACAAACCCAAACCGCCCGUCUACAUCCGCGACCUCAUCACCUUCCUCCGCGACUCAGAAUCAUACGACAAGCAGAAACUCGGAGUGCAAACUGCACCAGUUCUCAUUCGCCGAAAAGCCAACUACGGCACGGAAGUCAGUUCCCACGCCGAAGAAAUCGCCCGCCUCCUAGUCGGCAUCCAGGAUAAAUUCGAAAUCGAAAACUUUGAAGAUCUACGACUUCAAAGUAUGAUUGCCCUCGUAGUUGCGCAGCCCAAAACAAUGGCACCAUGGUUCGCCCGUACCUUUUUCGAAGGCGAUUACUCCCUCUCCCAACGGACCUCCGUCCUCGUCACCCUCGGCCUCUCAGCCAGAGAACUAGCCGGCCUCGAGACCUCGCGAUACAAAUCAUCCUCAUCCUUCCCGUCAAAACAACUCCCCGAAAAGAUUCACCAACUGUACCUCGAGCCCAACAACCCCACAACCGAACCCUCGUCAAAUCUCAAAGCCCUUCCUCCAAACGCCCUAGACAGCAUCACCCACUCCCUGACAUCUUCCUUCCUCGGCCCCCUCGCCGCCGAAGCCGCCGACAUAAACACCGGCCCCGACGCCCUAAAACUACAAACCUUCUCAGCACGAUACAAAUCCAAGUCCCGGAACAAACCGCGCAUCCGUGCCAUUCCCAACACCACUGCCGCCAUCCUAGGAACCUACUUCUUCUCCCCGCUCACAGCACACUUCCAAUUCGCAUUACGGUCCUCCAAGCCCGUCGUUCUGAAUCACUCCAUGCUAGCGCUGUACCUCCAGACACUGAGCAUCAUUGUCAAUGCGGCUGGGCCGUCGACACUGUCUCUCCCGCAGAUGACGUCUGAGUUGUGGGAUCUGCUAUUACGCGUGAGAGUCCAUGUGCUAGGGGACAUGGGCGCGCUUAAAGGAUGGCUAGUAGCCAUGUCAGUGUUGCUGGAGGUGAACGAAGAUAAUAUGCGGCGGAUAUGUGAAGAGCAGGGGAAAGAGGUGGUAGAAACACGGGAGUGGGUAUCAAAUGUUUUUGAGCGGACGAGGGGCGAUGAUGGCGGCGAGGAGAAUGAUGUCAAGAUGCUGGCUGCGGGGGUGUUGAUCAAAUUGGGUGAAGCUAUUGAGAAGUAUCAGGCCUUGCUGAUGGGGGACCUGAUUGGCUUUAAUUAG